GUAUUGUAAUACUUUUCUUUCUUUUUAUUCAUAAUGGAAACAGCAAUAAGAAAAGCAACUAGACUAGACUAUAAUCCACCAAAGCAAAAGCACCUAUCAACUUUAGUGAGUUUGACCUAUGAGAAUCCGGGAAAUGCUGUGUAUAUAGUUGAUCUAUUGGAGAGAAGAUUACGAGAAAACUCAUGGAUAAUAAUCUUUAAAGUGUUGAUCAUUCUUCAUACUUUAAUGAGAAAUGGAGAUGGCGAUAAAACUAUUGCUUAUAUAGAAACAAAGCCCUCAGCACUUGAUACAACUAAACUACGUGAAAAGUCAUCAGGAGUGGUACAUAUUCAGAAUAUAUAUCUUUACACAGCUUACCUACAGCAAAAAGUCAUCGCCUAUCGUCAAUCAAAGAUAGAUUAUAUUAAGGACACAAUGGGUAAAAAGGAAGGAAGGUUGAGGCAUUUGUCUAUUUCCGAUGGAUUAUUAAAGGAGACAGUAUCAAUUCAAAAAUUGAUUGGAACUCUUUUGAAGUGCAAUUUUCUGUUGGAUGACGUAGAUAAUAAUAUUAGCUUGUAUGCGUUUCGAUUAUUAGUAGAGGAUUUAUUGGUUUUAUUCCAGGUGCUAAAUGAAGCUAUUGUGAACAUUUUAGAGCACUACUUUGCAAUGAAAAAAUCUGAUGCAAGAACAUCCUUGGAAAUAUAUAAAAGAUUUGCUAGACAGACCGAAGAAACAAUAUCCUUUUUAGACCGAGCAAGAAGACUUCAGCAUGAAUUAAGUAUUUCUAUUCCUUCCGUGAAGCAUGUAACUAUCAUUAUAAAUUUAUAUCACUCACUAUUAAUCUUUGCCCGAAUAGGCGCCAUUAUCUUUGGCAGCAGCUUUACAAGAGUACUUGGAUGAUCAAAACCAUGGAGCACAGCAACCUCAACCUCAGC